AUGGAACGUAUUCUUCUUGCGACCGACUAUCCGAAUCUAACUGAACUUAAAAUUUCUCAUUUCCAAGAAGAUGCUUUAUAUUAUUUUUUAAAUAAAUUAUCACUUCAAUCUAUUUUCCGAGAACAAAUUACAGUUCUGACUCUUAUCAAUGAUGAUAAAUACAAAAAACAACGUUCGUUGGAAAAUUAUAGUUUAUAUGUAUAUAAUCUUAUCUUUACCUUGUUCGAAAAUUUAAAAAAAUUAAGUAUUACGGGAGGAUCUUUUGGGUCAUCAUAUCCAGGUUUAUCACUUCGUGAUCUGCCAUUUACUACUUUUUCAUCUCCGAUUCUUACUCAUUUAUAUAUCCAUGUCGAUAAUUUUGAUGAUUGUCUUUAUUUACUUGAUGGUCGACUUAGAAAAUUGACAACAUUGUGUGUUACUGUCUAUACUGUAAAGAGCUCUUCAGAAAUUGUUCAUAAUAUGGAUAAAUUAUGUAACCUGAAAUAUUUCUCAUUAAAAGUGUCCGAUCUAUUCGAAGCAUAUGAUAAAAUUUCAUCACUUUUUCGUCGUAUGUCAAAUCUGGAAAAAUUAACUCUAAAUAUUGCUGUACGACGUCGAAAUAGAGUCAUUGAUGGUACUGAUAUUCAACACGAUAUUUUUGAUUGUAUGCCACAGCUUCAUUCAUUCACUUUCUGUAUUUGUGCUUAUGUGGAAAUAGUUGAUUUAUCCUACAAGUUAACUAGUGAAGAUAUUCAACAAACAUUAACAGAUAUUGGACAACAACAUGCAGUCAGUAUGGUCAGUUAUGUUACUAAGAAGAAAGCUGCAUGCUCAAUUUUCUCACUUCCUUUCGAGUUUGAUUAUCUCGAAGAUCUUGGCAAUAAAUAUCCAAAUACUGUUUUCAGUUAUGUUACGUACUUACUUGUACGAGAUACUGUUCCAUUCGAACAUGAAUUCUUCAUGCGAAUUGCCCGAUCGUUUCCAUCACUGAAGCAUUUACGUAUUUUUAAUAUGAAAUCACAGACAUUAAAUAGUCGUAUGACAUUUUCAUCUGACAAUAGUCAAUUAUACUCAAUUAUUGAAUAUCCACAUCUGACUAUACUUGAUGUGAAAUAUGCACAUAGAGAUUAUGUUGAACAAUUUCUAAAUGAAGCAAAGGCAUACAUACCUUGUCUCACGAACUUUGAAGUCUUUGUUGAUUACUUAAAAGCUGUAACAAAAAACUUUAGAAGAGAAGAAACACGACGCAAUUGUGCUAAGGUGGAACGAUUAUUCACGCGAGGAUCAUUGGUACAUACGGACAAUUUUUGGCUUUAUUUUCCUUCCUUGUAUAAGUAGAUGUAUUCUCGUUUUGAUUUAUUCAAUAAACUAAAAAAACAUGAUAAAUAUUGUAUUUGUAGGCUAGCAUGAUAAUAAGUUCUGGGGUAGAUGAAAGCGUUCUCAUAAAACUUUUCUUUCAAAUUGAAUUUUACAUUUUUUUUGCUAUAAUGAUUCAGAUUUUGAGCAUACAAAAGUAUUGGGAAAAUUUCAACUGGUCACGAUUUUUGUUUUCUGACUCUCGUAACAAAUUGACAGUAGAAAAAUCGUAACAGAGGUUUCUUUAGGACAGAAUCAGAGUUUCAUAUUGA